CAAACACGAAUUAAAUAGACAGACACCAGAGACCGUUGACAUUUAGUGAUAGUUCUGUUGUUCUGGUUGUGGGACCUAACUUGUGCGGGUCUUACCAAUAUUUGGGUAACGAUGAGCAUAGAAACCAUUGACGGACAGGAGGUGAUCGUGGUAGUAACAUCUCCGUCGCCGACUUUUGGUAUUGAUGACGGUGUGGCCACAGAAGAGUCUACUGAGCCUGCCACUAAGAAGCGCGCAAGGGGCAAGGCACAGGUAUGGGAUGAACUGUGUACAGUUCCUUCAAAUGAAGCUCUCACCCAGUGGUUUAAGGAAAGUGAAACAGCAAGUGGCUACAAAUGGUGCAGGAGACGAACCUCAUACACAUCUCGGGGUGCCAAAGAGUACUUUCAGUGCACUGGUGCUGGAUGCCUGGUGCAACUGGAAGCCCUGUAUGAGAGCUCCAGUGAGAACAUUAUCAUCUCCACCAAUGGCAAAGAGCACCAGCAUGAGGAGCGAUCCCAUUCUGGCUGGGGUCUUUCAGAGGAAACCAAAAGCGAGGCGACCCGGCUGUUCCGGGCUGGCAUCACCAAGGCGCCGGUGAUGGACUCCGAACUGCGCCAGCUGGGCUUCACGGGCUUCACGGCCCGCCAGCUGACCAGCUUCCUGGCGCGCCUGCGCCGACAGACGCGCGACGAGUCCGUCCUCGAGGAGUACUCGGAGCUGAGCGUCUGGUCCAGCGGCGGACGGAACUCCCCGGACGGCGCUGCGUCCCCGCCCCCCAAGAGACCCGCCAUCAGGAUAGUGGCCAAGAGUCCCCCGGAGCCCGCUGAGCCGCCGACAAUGGACGAGGCUGCUAUCGCCCAGCUGGUGGCCAGCAGCCUGGAGGCGCGCGAGCAGGCGUACUGUGCCUACAGCCAGUUCGCCGUGGGCGCGGCGCUGCUCUGCGCCGACGGCCAUGUCGUCACCGGCUGCAACGUCGAGAACGCCUCGUACGGCCUGACCAACUGCGCCGAGCGCACGGCCGUGUUCCGCGCCGUGGCCGAGGGCCGCCGCCGGUUCUCGGCCGUCGCCAUCGCUGCCGAGAUGGGCGACGUGUUCGUCGGCCCGUGCGGCGCCUGCAGACAGGUGCUGGCCGAAUUCAAUCCGGAGAUGCCGGUGAUCCUGGCGAAACCGGACGGCCAGACCAAGAGGACCAGUAUGAAAGAACUGCUGCCGAUGCCGUUCCUCCCGAAGGACGUUCCUUUCAAGAAGUGACGCUCGCGCGCGAUGUGAGGAAACAUGGCCCCCGAUGGUCGUCAGGCGGCGUGCCUGUGGUGCGCCGCUGUUUCCGUGUCCGCUCUGCCUGUGAUGUGGCGCAGCGUGGGAGGGGCCUCAUCCUGGUGACAGCGAGCGCAGGGGGAACCCCGCGCCGGAAUCUCGGCGGUCU